GAAUGAACAUGAAACAAGUUGAGCAUAAGCACAUGUGGAAAGAAGGCUCUGCAAACCAUGACUACACGCUGUCUUUGGGACUGGAGCAGAGGGAACAGAGGAAAGCGCAGCGCGUGGUACUGAUUCCUAAUCCAACCAGGUAUUGCCUCAUCAUCCAUGACCUGCAAUCUGUCUGAAGCAUGGCAUUUUAAUCUUGCUCUGAAGGUCUGGAUGUUAUGGAAUAGGAAACUCCAUGAGAAAUUGUGUUGCGUUUUCCCUGGGUGAUGAGCUACAGCCUCCCUCAGUAGUGACGGUGUCUGUGCUCUUGCAGCACAAGAAAGGGGAAAGCUUGUACUGCAGCCAGUCGUUCUGCCACCUGCCUUUCAGAGCUUGAUCUAAAGACCCUGGAGUGCAGGGAGCAUUUUGAGGGGCUGUGAAAGGACUGGUGGGGUCUGGUGUGCAGAGGAGUUUUAUUGUGACUCCUUGAGUCAAGAGCCAGGGAAACAGUUUUUCCUUGAGAUCUUGAGAUGUGAAAUAGCAGCCUGUGCUUUCUUCAUUGCUGACAUGCAGUCAGGGAUGAUGGGAAGUGGUGAGAAGGCACUAGCUGUUUCCUGCCCUGUCUCCUUUGUCCUUGAGCUCAUGAAGGUUAGUGCUGGUAGCCAGGUGUGCAGCACGUGAAGGAGAGAAGCCAGGGGUGGGGCCUGGAGAUGCAGGAUUGGACAGUGCAACAGAAGAGAAGUAAGGAAGGAUCAGCAGGGUAAUCCUGGACCUGGUCUCCCGGAAAGAAUCUGAACGCUAUGCUGGUUGAGUGCUCCCAGAAGCUCUUGUAUUUCUCUGUGCUGGCUGAGUGCGUCCAGGCAUCUAGGAUGUGCAGUAAAUAGUAAUGCUCUGUAGGGCUAUUUCUUCCCCCUGUUCUUCUCCUCCCUGUUUCUCCCCCUCCCCCCCCCCCCGCCCCCCCAAGAUGCAUAGUCCAGGAAGGCUGCGGUGCAAAGCAGGUUAAGAGCCCUUCUUUGGGGAAAGUGCAGUUACCUGCCUUAAUCAUAUACACGUUAGGAGCUGAGGUCUGCCUAGGGCUGGUUUGUCCUCAGCAGGAGAGAAGAAGAAAAACAAAGCUCUCCACCUGCUCUGUUUGGGUAUGCCACCUGUGAACACCGGCGCUCUGGUCUUUCUUCUGUACUUCAGGUUCAACCCUCAGAUAUUUGUGAACACUCCCUGUGUGCACUUGGCUUGUGGUCUCUCUGGUACCUUUUUUGCAACCAUGCCUGGAACUCAGAUGAAUAGGCACAGUCCAGAAGAGAAAACUACGGGAGGAAGUCACUUCAGCUGCACCCUGCCAUUACAGCUCAAGCUGAGAUCUUGACCUUUAAAUUUGUGUAUAAUGGUGGAGCCAAAUAGCAGCCGCCAUGGCUCUGCAGUACAUCAGUAGGGGUACGAGAAGUGAGAAAGUACUGUUCACAAAAUGGAAUCUGUGUCCAUGGGGAAAAUUAGAGGAAGUGCCGGACUCCAGAGUUACAGGUGCUCUCAGAGACCUCUUCAAAAUCUUGUCCAGCUGAGCAGUGACUUCUGUGGUGUGUUGAAGUCGGGAAAGAUCAUGACAGUUGUCUUGGGAGAGCAGGCUCUGACAGGAGUGAGAAUGCUCAGGAUGUCCAACAGCCUGCUAAAACUGACCAGGUUGGUGCUGCGCCAAAGGUUCAAGGCUCUGUUUACCCUCACCGUUUUAUUUGUCUCUUUUGCAUCCAUCAUAUUGUACUUGAGAAUCACCCAGGACCACAAGGGCAGGGGCCGGGUCUACAGCUUGCCUGUUGAAAUCCACUGUGGUCACUCUGUGCCUUCUCCUCCUGGCGCCACUGCUGGUGAGCCCCGUACUUCCCCAGGGGAUGUGUUUUUUGUGGAGACUUCAGAGCAAACAAACCCAGGUUACCUGUUUAUGUGCUCUGUGGAGUCAGCGGCCCGGGCGCACCCAGGGACAAGGGUUGUGGUGCUCAUGAAAGGUUUGGCAAACGGUAAUGGCUCAUUACCCAACCACUGGGGCUUCUCGUUGCUGAGCUGCUUCCCCAAUGUGGAAAUCCAGCCGCUGGACUUGCCGGAGCUUUUCUCAGGGACGCCUCUGGCAAAGUGGUACUUGCAGGCUCAGCAGCGCUGGGAGCCUUAUUACUUGCCCGUCCUGUCUGAUGCCUGCAGAAUUGCCAUCAUGUGGAAGUUUGGUGGCAUCUACCUGGACACAGACUUCAUUGUGCUUAAGAACUUAAAGAACCUCACCAACGUGCUUGGUACCCAGUCCAAAUAUGUCCUGAAUGGGGCCUUUCUGUCCUUUAAGCCCAAACACAAGUUCAUGGAGCUUUGCAUGCAGGACUUUGUGGAGAACUACAACAGCUGGAUCUGGGGGCACCAGGGCCCACAGCUCCUAACGCGUGUCUUCAAGAAGUGGUGCUCCAUCAGGAGUCUUCGGAGCAGUACGAGCUGCAAAGGAGUGAGUGCUCUGCCCCGUGAGGCUUUUUAUCCCAUUCGGUGGCAGGACUGGAAGAAAUACUUUGAAGUGGUCAGCUCCUCAGAGCUUCACCACCUCUUUAAUAACACCUAUGCAGUGCAUGUAUGGAACAAGAAGAGCCAAGGGACGAGGCUGGAGAUCACAUCCCAGGCUUUGCUGGCUCAGCUGCAUUCUCACUUCUGCCCUGCCACAUACGAUAUCAUGAAGAAGAACUCGGAACGGCAGUGACUCAGGGGUCAGCUAAGAGGUGUUGCCUGGGAGCCCAUAACUCUCCAACUGUUUGAUCACAAAUGAACCUUCUUUUGAAGUGACGUGGUGGGUGUUGAGGACAAAAGUAAUUUGUGGGGUGUAGGUGGAGCCUGUAGCUUCAGCCGAUGCCGGUGCAGCUCUUUGUCUUGACUUCAACUGCCUACCAGCAUCAUUUUGUUCAUCUGCAGGACCUUUCUUCUGCACUGCUUGGUCAGGUAGAGAAAUCUCAGACGGGGAGCAAGUGCUGGGCCACUUGUGGCAGCCUCCAUCAGCCUUUCAGAGGCGUGAGGCCCCUUUCUACGGCUGUUAAUCUGGAAGAGGCCUUUGUAGAAAUGCAUAACUCAGCCUGAUUCUCAGGACUUCUGAAGUGCAGCCCUGAAAGCAACAAAAGGAUGGGAGAGCAAAGAACAGGAACUGAGGAGGAAGUUAAGGAUGUUCUAGAGGAGGAGUCCUGAGAAAAAUGUGCAGGAAAACAGGGGAGAAAGGAGGAGCUAAAGCAACUUAUUUAGUUCCCUUCUCUUCUGAAGCCUUUGGUGGAGGAGGCUUUCUCAUGUCUGGUUUGAGGAGAGAGCAGGAUGCUCUCUGCUGGACUUGCUGGAGAAGUUCCACAUCCUUCUUAAACUGGGGGGCCCAAAACUGGACACAGUACUCCAGAUGUGGUCUCACUAGGGCAGAGUAGAGGGGGAAGAUAACCUCUCUUGACCUGCUGGCCACACUCCCUUUAACACAGCCCAGAAUAUUGUUGGCCUUCUUGGCCACAAGGGCGCAUUGCUGGCUCAUGGUCAGCUGCUUGUCCACCAGCACUCCCAGGUCCUUCUCAACAGAGCCACGUUCCAGUAGUUCAGCCCCCAGCCUGUACUGGUGGAUGGGGUUGUUCCUUGCCAGGUGCAGGACCUUGCCCUUGCUCUUGUUGAAUUUCAUGAGGUUACCCUCGGCCCAGCUCUCCAGCCUGUCCAGGUCUCGUUGGACGGCAGCACAGCCUUCUGGUGUAACAGCCACUCCUCCCAGCUUGGUAUCAUCAGCAAACUUGCUGAGGUUACGCUCUAUCGCAUCAUCCAAGUCAUUGAUGAAUACAUUGAACAGGACAGCAUCCAGCACAGACCCCUGGGGAAUGAUUUCAGGUGCAGAUGAACAAAGAAUGAGCUGUUCCCUUCCCUGCAUCUCAGUGGUGGUCUGACAGAAACCAGGAGUCUAGUGUUUCUUCUUAGUCCUGCUAGAUGCCUUAAUUCCUGGGGAAACAGAGAGCUGACUCCACAGCACCAGGCUCUGGGCUACAGUUCCCUCCUUGAUGGCUGGAUAUCUUUGAGACUGAGCCAUUGCUACACUUGGUAUUAGGGUCUGGCAGCAGUCAGUGGGGUUCAGAGUCUUAGUGGCAAUACUUAUAUCUAAACUUGGUCUUUUCCUGCUGCAAGGGUUGGCUCAGGAGUUAGUGCUCACAUGCAGUGUUCUGGUGCAUGACAGCACUGCCUCUGAGCUUGCUCACCAAGCAGCUUAUACUGUGGCUGUAGCUAACAGCACUGGUAACAUUAGAAGAACCACUUCUCUGCUGUGAAUUCAUAUGCCACCAUUCUCAAAUAGCACUGUCACUGGGUGCAAGGUAAUCCUGUCAGUGCUGCUGCCUGAGAAAAUAACAGCUCCUGCUACCAUUUUUUUUACAUUUGAUGAAGCUAUUGAGCAAGCUUGCUUGACUGAAAUCGAGCAUGCUUGGUUUUUUGGAAGCUGUUACGGCUCUAUCUUAAUUCAUUCAACAAACUUCCUACUCUAUCUAAGUGUAAUAGCAUUACUGACCAUUUUCCUCUAAUUUUAGACUACUGCUUAUUGUUUUUAGGGAGGCAGAAGCUGAAUUGAAGCUGAAUGAUGUUGCCAUGACUGGUUAUGUGAUUUUCUGUUUGUGGCCAUUACUUACAUGCAUCAUUGGUUCUCUCGGUUGCAAAUAACAGAUGGAGUCUCUGUAUUUUUUUCUGGAUAACUUCAGCAAGAUGCCAGCACAUCAGUGGCCAAAUUCUGUACAGUGAUUUGGGAAUCAACAGCUAUUAAAAUUGCCAUAUCAUUUCUCCCCACAA